UCCUGUUAAGAGAUAAACAUGAACACCACCAUGCAUCAUGAUGAACACGCACCGCCGAAAAGUCUACGCAAGUGCUGUAAGUUCUAGGAAUUAUUUUCAGAUACCUGAGCAUGUAAUCUUUGAAAUGAGAGGUCAUUCAUUGAAAUUGGACAUUUGUAGUAUACAGUUAGUUAUGAUUCAAGGCUCUUCAAGACUAAGAGAAUAACAUAAGCCUGGCACUGUAACAGUGGUUAUUAACAUUGCUGGUGGUGAAGAUGGGGGAACAAAUCGUCUCCACAUUGAUGCGUUUGCCAAGUGUUUUUAUGCUUGAGUUCCUAUACCACAAGUCAGAGCAACAGUUUCUGAAGGAAAAUGAGUUCACACAAAAAGAAUUAGUGAAAAAUCUAGGUGUAGAUAUUCACUUUCUUUCCUCUUGCAUGCAAUAUAUUGGUUACCUUGCUGCCAUUGCACUUAUCGCUCUUCCAGUCCACCACUUGAAGUCUGUGUACAUUCAUCUAAUAACCUUCAUCUUGCUAAUUGUAUCUAAUUGGUUGUCCAGAGACUACAUUACCAGUUCUCAAGAUUCCGAUUCUCAGUAUAUCUUCAAAGAUGCCGUAUCUAUGCAGAGAAUGAUUGGUUUUAGCAUAAAGCAAGGUGUCCUGGUUCUGAUAUGUACGUUGCUGAUGAGGACUAAACGCUACUGGAUGUUUUCAGCUUAUCUCGCUCCUAUAGUUGUUAGUGCGUUCUCUUUAGAGUCGAAAGUAGCAGAAAAAACACACCUAGUGUCAUGUUGGGUUACUGUGUGUGUUAUUGUGAGUUAUUUGUCAUCUAAUAUCUCAUCACUUAUGAAUUUGGCUGCAUAUGAAUUUACACAGUUAAAGUAUAUGAUGCAGCGAUACAGAGUAAAAUACUUAAUUCUUCUUGUUUACAGGAAGGCAUUUUUACCAUCAAUUUAUGUUAGUUUUUGGUUCUGCCUUUUUAUAUACCAUUUUCAUAGUUAUUACAAGGACACUAACUUUUCCUUCAAAGAUAAGUGGUUUGUUAUGAUUUUUGCUAUGAUUGCUGAUAGUUGUGAAAGUCCUUGGAGUUUAGUAGGCCUAUGUUAUGUUGUAUCUUACACUGCAUAUUUCAUACACAGCAGCUGUAGAAUCUAUCUAGUAGGUUUUAAUGGGAAUAUACAAGACCAUGGUAUGUAUACCGGUUCCAUCGAGGGGAUAACCCUUUUCAUACUGGCUAUUCAGACGGGAUUAUUAGGCUUAAAUCGAAUAGAAAAAAUAUUUUCUCUAAGUAUUGUUCUGUUUAUUGUUGCAUCGUCAAUGCUUCAAUCUCUGUACGAGAUGACAAAUCCGAUUUUGUUAUUAUUAAGCACAAACAGUAACAGGAAAAUACUAGCCCAUGUUAGAGUUCUUGUAUUUGUGGUUAUUCUAAUUAUCAUACCAAUUAUAAUGACUUAUUAUCUCAUUAAUGUUUUUAAUUCAAACAUUUGGAUUCUGAUCAUCUCCUUAAGUUGUUUAUUAACGUCCCUUCACACCUUUAGUUCCUUAAUGAUAUAUGCCCUGUUCAUGAUUGAUAACUUCCGUACGGAACCCUGGGAAAAUUUAGAUGAUGUUGUAUACUGGAUCCAUGGGUUUGGUCAUGCCUUGGAGUUCGCUGUAGCUGUCUGUGGCGUCUGCUUUGGCGGUUUUGAUGCAGUUUUUUCUGAUCUCAGCCUUAGCGGAAGUUCUAUUAUACUUCUUCAUUUUUAUUUCAAUGUUUGGCAAAGUGCCAAAAAGGGUUGGGACAGUGUGAAGCGGAGGAGGGGAGCAAUGAAAAAAAUCAAUAUAUUGAAACAAGCAACUGAAGCUGAACUGAAAUUAUUAAAUGAUGUGUGCGCAAUUUGUUAUGAGAAAAUGACUAACGCUAGAGUUACACCGUGCCGUCAUUACUUUCAUGGUGCGUGCCUUAAGAAAUGGUUGUAUGUGAAAGACAACUGUCCUAUGUGUCAUUCAUCCAUCAUAGAAAAUAGCACAGAUGCUGUUAAUACUGAGCCAGGCACUGACAGGGUUGUGAGUUCACAGCAGUCUACUCAUACUAACGCAGUUCUAACCGAUGCUACAAGUUCAACAACUAGUGCAUCAUCAUCAUCAGUAAAACCAUCAACUAGUAUGGUUGUAGAACCAAGCACUGAGGUAGCAGCAACAUCAUUUGAAACAUCUAGUAAUAUGGGUGUGGACGCAAGCUCUGUAGUAGCAGCAUUAUCAGAGGAAGCAUCAAGUAAUAUACUUGUAGAACCAAGUACCGAAAAAGCAACAGCGUCAGUAAACACAUCAAGCACUGUGGUAGCAUCAUCAGUUGAAACAUCAAGUAGGACUAACAUAUUUGUGAAACCAAGCCCUGACUUAGCAGCAACAUCAUUAAAAACAAUAAGUAACAUGGUUGUGGAGCAAAAUACUGGGGGAGCAGCAACAUCAUUGGAGGCAUCAAGUAGCAUGGUUGUGGAGCCAAAUACUGAGGUAGAAGCAACAUCAUUGGAGGAAUCAAGUAACAUGGUUGUGGAGCCAAGUACUAAGGUAGAAGCAACAUCAUUGGAGGAAUCAAGUAGCAUGGUUGUGGAGCCAAAUACUGAGGUAGCAGCAACAUCAUUGGAGGCAUCAAGUAGCAUGGUUGUGGAGCCAAGUACUGAGGUAGAAGCAACAUAAUUGGAGGAAUCAAGUAGCAUGGUUGUGGAGCCAAGUACUGAGGUAGAAGCAACAUCAUUGGAGGCAUCAAGUAGCAUGGUUGUGGAGCCAAGUACUGAGGUAGAAGCAACAUAAUUGGAGGCAUAAAGUAGCAUGGUUGUGGA